AUGAAGGAUUUCAUAUCCUUGAAUGUUCAUGAUAAUAUGCCUUAUGCUUUAUCAAAAUACAUAUCUUAUGAGAAAUUAUCACCGAAAUACCAAAGUUAUCUUGCAAUCUUUUCUAACAUUGUUGAACCUACUUGCUACGCAGAAGCAGUUAAGGAUCCAAGAUGGGUUGAUGCAAUGCACGCUGAGAUAGAAGUAUUAGAAAACAAUCAAACAUGGCAAGUGGAUCCUCUUCCACAAGGCAAGAAAUCGAUUGGCUGUAAGUGGAUCUAUAAAGUGAAGUACAAGGCCACAGGAGAAAUAGAAGGAUUCAAGGCAAGGCUAGUUGCAAAAGGAUAUAGUCAAACAGAAGGAAUUGACUACCAAGAAACAUUCAGUCUGGUAAUAAAGAUGGGCACCUUGAGAACAGUAUUGACAAUUGCAGCAGCAAGGAAGUGGCACAUUUAUCAUAUGGAUGUCUAUAAUGCAUUCCUAUAG